UGCUCACCCGUCGAUUCACGUCUAGAUAGCCGCCCCUCGGCGUUUUCUUUUUGGUAUUCAGGCGGGGCACGAACAUGACAGGAUACUCCGCUGUCAUCUCCGCAGACUGAGCGCGUAAGGAGGGCUGAUCCGCUAUCCAGUGUUAGCUCGCGGGCUACGGAGACCCGGCUCUGCUUCGUGCAGUCGGUUGGCUUUACGUUACGUCGCCGACGAGGUCGGAGGGACUCCUGUUAGCUGGUUGCCAAGAGCGUUCAGUUGCUCAUUCGUGUAAUGUUUAAUAAUUCGCGCUAAGACUGCACAGUACGCUGUGUUUCCCUUGUGACUCGUUUCAGCAUUUUCACUUAAUUUACCGUUUGAUUUUUGCUAGCUAGCGCGCUAUUCGGCUAUGCUAACGCCAGCUUGGUGAGAGCUCGCAUCAUCAUCAUCAUCAUCACCGCCGGGGCUUGCAGAGAGCUCAAGACUCGUCGAGGAAGGAAGAGAGUGACUAAUGAUGAGGGCUGGGGGAAGCGGCGGAGUGUCCGGCGAAGGGGAGCAGCAGUAUUAGCGUGAACACGUCGCAUCGUCGAGGUAAAGCGCCGUCGGGUCAGCCAAACCGUGCGGGACGUUUGCGUGAAGAAAAUAAUUUGGAGGGGGCGCUUCGAUUUGCCAGCUGGCUAAAUGAAUAGUAUUGGUGUUACUGAGUCGUGAGCAAGUGGCCAGUGUGCCAGCUUCAGGGGAGACACUGUCAAGAUUACCGCACACACUGCAGUUUAAAGAUGGCUUCAGCGAGCAGCAUUGCCGCAGCUAUUGCGAGCAAAACGAAGACCAAGAAAAAGCACUUCGUCGCUCAGAAAGUGAAGCUCUUCCGUGCCAGCGACCCUCUGCUCAGCGUGCUGAUGUGGGGAGUCAACCAUUCGAUAAACGAGUUAAGCCAUGUUCAGAUUCCCAUCAUGCUCAUGCCAGAUGACUUCAAGGCCUAUUCUAAGAUCAAAGUGGACAACCACCUGUUCAACAAGGAGAACAUGCCCAGCCAUUUCAAGUUCAAGGAGUACUGCCCUCUGGUGUUUCGAAACCUCAGAGAGAAGUUUGGCAUCGAUGAUCAGGACUUCUUGAACUCUCUGACACGCAGUGCUCCUUUGAACAGUGAUGCCCAGGGACGGAGCGGGGCCCGUUUCCACACAUCUUAUGACAAGCGCUACGUCAUCAAGACCAUCAGCAGUGAGGAUGUGGCGGAGAUGCAUAACAUUCUAAAGAAAUAUCAUCAGUUCAUCGUGGAGUGCCAUGGCAACACAGUGCUGCCUCAGUUUCUGGGGAUUUACCGGCUCACCGUGGAUGGAGAUGAGACCUACAUGAUUGUCACACGCAAUGUCUUCUCUCACCGCCUCGCCGUCUUCAAAAAAUAUGAUCUCAAGGGUUCCACUGUGGCAAGAGAGGCCAGCGACAAGGAGAAGCAGCCGCCCCAACCAGAGGAUGUGCCCCCGCGGCCCAAAUCUGGUAACGUUCAGCAAAGGCUGCAAACACUGCGGAUUGCCACGCGCUUUUACUGCGCCAUGAAACACGUAAGAGAUGCAAAGGAGCUGCCCACCUACAAGGACAAUGACUUCAUCAAUGAUGGGCAGAAGAUCUGCAUUGACGGGGAAAAUAAGAAGAUGUUCCUGGAGAAGCUUAUGAAAGACGUAGAGUUCCUUGCCCAGCUGAAGCUCAUGGACUACAGUCUGCUGGUGGGGAUCCACGAUGUGGAAAAAGCGGAGCAGGAAGACGUGGAGAGCGAGGACAAUGAGCCCGAGGAGGAUGGUGAGAGCGACGAAGGAGGCAUUGGAACACCCCCCGACAGUCCCAGCAACACCUUGGACAGCAACAAGCCUCUGUCGCCUGGAGAGUUUGAUCCCGCCAUCGACGUCUACGCCAUCAAGAGCAACGACAGUGCUCCCAGGAAGGAAGUUUACUUCAUGGCUAUCAUCGACAUCCUGCAGCAUUACGAUGCCAAGAAGAAAGCUGCUCACGCCGCCAAGACUGUCAAACAUGGAGCCGGAGCGGAGAUCUCCACGGUGAACCCAGAGCAGUACUCCAAGAGGUUUUACGAUUUCAUCACCACUAUCCUGUCAUAGCCUCCAGGAGCGACGGGGGGCACAGAGGCACUAUGAAAGGGAGGGCAAAGGGGAAGAGGGCGAGGCAGAGAGGUGAUGGAGAGGGAAGAAAAACAUUGUGAGGCUGAAUUAAUAAGGUGCUGUGAUGGCUUUUAUCACUCUCCUUCAUGCAUUCUCUUCAUCCCUCCCUGUUUGUUUCUCUCUCUUUCAAUGGCAUGCCAUGCUCUGCAGCUAAAAAAGAAACGUAAUUCGUUUACAUUUAACCUCUCCUCUGUAGACUUUUGCUCAUGUGUUACUUUGAAUGAUAAGGGUGUCGAAAGCAAGCAUCCAUGACAUGUUUUUUUUUCUUUUUUAUAUAUAUAUAAUUUGUUUGUGGAAAUAUGGCUUUUUAUUGCACCUAAUACAACAUCCAGCACCCUGCAUUAUAUUUUUGAGAUGAACGGGAGUGUAUAGAGUUCAGAUUACGGCACACGGUGCGGUUCCUCUUGUAAAGAAAAGGCUCAAGCAGGAUGUAUCGAGACAGUUCAUGUUGAGCCUCGCCGAAUGCAAUUGCUUCAUUUCAGGGAGUGGGAAGCAGUCUUCCAAUAGGCCAACAGCCAGACCCCCCCGCCCUCCCAAUGCUGUACAAGCACUAGGCCAAACCUAUAGUCCCAAUUGGGUUCCUGCCGCACCCCCUAACCUUUAGACGCCACCCCAUCCGCACCUUUUCCUGAGUGUACAGUGGAUGAAUUGUGCUUCUGGGUUAUCCUCUUGCCACACACUCGACGACAAACGUUUCUCAUGAGCUGAGAUGAGUUCACUUGCUGCAGUACAUUACGAUGCUCGUUUCCAGCACGAGUUGCACCUCAGCGGUUGUCAGUGCUUUGUCCCUUUCGCUUUGUUGUGCUGCACAGUGAUGUAAGAAUGAUUGUGGGAAGGACAUGUACCUAGAAAUGAGGAAAAAAAACAGGGAUUUGAGCAGUAAAUGUUGUUCACUGUCAUAUUCCCUCUGGAUGCGUUGGGCCUGGUUUUUGGUUCCUGUGGCAGGGAAUGACCCGGAUCUCGUGUGGGUGUCGUGAUGAAGAGUAAGUCACUCUUUGUAAUAUCUUCAUGUCGGGUGUCAAAUUGAAACAUCAACCACCCUUAACUUUCUGUUGCCAUCAGCACCUUAUGAAAAAAAUCAAAACAUUUUGCACUUUUAUUUGAGGUUAGGAGCUCUUGUUCUGUUACUAGUGCUGCGUCAAAGAGGGAAAGGCACUCUGCUCUAAAAGAAUCGAGUCUUUAGGGCCUGAUCUCAGAUCCUGUCUCCUCCUGGCCUCCUCCUUCCUCACCUGUGGGUGCACUUCCUGUCAGGAUUGGUAAGGAAGACUUUACUGCAAUAUCACACGGGAAAGUGGACGAGUUCUAUCGACAGGGCUUUUGUAAACUAACCUUCCAAUCCUCUUCAGGAGUGCUCCGGGGCGUGGGAUUGUUGGGGCGGUGGGCCGGGCAACGGUGUGAGUGUGCUUGUGCGCGUACCGGUCAGGCAGAAGACUGUUUACCUCCAGCAUCGUACCAGCACACACUCGAUGAUGGCGAACGACGUGCGUGUCAGUGUUCAAAACUUGUAAUGGGGGGAAAGAAAAGGGAAGGGGAGAUCGGGAAGAGUCGCUGCAGAUGUGAAGAUGCGCAUUAAGUCAUUGGCACCAACGGCGUCUUUCUCUUCUCUAACCUCGGCUGCGAGUUUGUUGUUCAUCGUUGUUUGUGAUGUUAUUGUUGACAUUUUUAAUGGUGGUUUAUCUGUGUUUGAAUUUGGCGGUUCUAUGAAUUAACGUUGUAAUAAUCGUUUUGUUUCAGUUUCUGUAUAUUUUGCACAAGAGGAAAGGAACCAAAUGUUUUGAAUACGAUCCCAAUUAGUUGAUAUAGUCUUAACAAGGGAAAUGCAAUAUACUUGUGUGUAAGUGAGAAAAGUUGUGCGUGCGAUGUUGUGUAUCACUUCUGGAUAAAACAUGUAAAGUCGUCCUCUUUGACCGUUGUAACCCAUGCAAAAAGCUUCCUUUACAAUAUCUUUGUUAGGAAUCACAUUUAUAUUUUUACAUUGGAUUUUAGUCAUAAAAUAUAGUUUUAUUAUAAAAAAGGAGCCACCCUUGGGAAUGAAUGAUGGUGCUGUGGUAAAUGAAGAAUGAUAGUGCUUGAAUUUACACAAUACUUACGAUAGAUGUAAAAAAAGAAGAAAAAAAGGUUAUAAAAAAAACUGCAUGUCACAGGACAAAGUUUCCUUCUCCCUCGCUGUCUGUGUUGUUGGCUGUUCAGGUUCUCUUUGUGUCCCCACACUUUAACCACAAUUGUGAGAUGUUCAGUGUUAAAUAGUCCCUACCAUGCUUUAAAUAAAUGUUUUUCAGUGUAUACACUGUGCAAGAUGUGUGCCUUUAUACUCCAAAAUUAUUUAAUUUUGUAAUUUUUUCUUUUUUAACAAAGGUAAAAGGUUAUUUUAACAAUAGGGUAUGUACUUUAUUCUCACGGCCCUGCUCAACCUUCUUCCACUCCAGCACCUCUGUAUUUACAUUUGUUCAUAUUAAUCGGUUUAACAACGCCAUUCGACUGAAUGUGUUUUAACCAACAUAAAAAGUGAAUAUCUGUCUUGAAUUUGAAUAUGGUGGAUUGGUUUGGAUUCUGUAAAUUCAAACCUAUCAUUGUGAUUAUUCAGUGUGUGUGUGUGUGUUGAAAUGUGGUUGUGUUUUGUCGUACUCGUCCUCGCUGACAGCUGCCCCCCGCCCCCACCUCAGGAGUCUGUCAGCAUCUUCAUCACGUUUACCUUCUAACUACAGAUUUAAGGAAUGCGUUUAUUUUUAUAUGAUACAAGUGGUUGUCCAAAAUUUCAAUUCCUGUCUAUAAACCUCCGACUCAUUUCUGAAACCACUUCAUGUUCUCUUAGCUUUUGUGUAACUACGACCGCCUGUUUGUUGUUAACGAAGGUCAUCAGCUGAUAGUUAAUCCUGAGUCAGUGGUUAUUGAUAUUUCAGUGUUCUUUCAGUAUUCAUGGGCUGUUUUGUUUCUAUGGUCACAUAACUCAUACUGUACAUAGGUUGUGUCAUAAAGAAAACAGGGAAUGAGGGGACAUAACCAUCUGUUUGGCCCUGGAGGCCUCCCCUGUGGUCCGAUAUCAGCAAGUGGAAAACAGAGCAGUGCAUGCUGGGAGAGCGAUUUCUUCUUUUUUUCCCAGUUUUUUGGGGGGGAAUAUUAACUCUGGAUCUCAUGUAAGGAAGGCGAUGAUGAUUCCAGAACUAAACAGAUGCAAAUUAAUAACACAUGCGCCCUGCUGCUGUACGUAGGAUCUAAUAAGUCCUCUUUUGUGACUUCUCUCAUGAGCUCCUCCACCCAUCAACCCCACCCUCCAGUAACCUGCUGCCACCUUAACUUGCCAAAAGCAUCUUCCAUGUCAGAACUACCACACAUGAGCUUAAAGAACAUUGUGUCUAGUAUAAUGCCUCUUAGUUUGAACUGAAUUAGUUUCUGACAUGCUGGGAAAUGGAGCACAGAUUGCAUCGCUGAUGGGUGAACUUGUUCAACGUUAAGAGAAACGACUACAUGUGUUCCCGUGGUUACGUGUUCAGCGUGUUUCGGGGAAUCUGAUUUACAAAUGCAAAUGACUGAAGCCAGGCAAGAUCUGCAGAGAUGGGGGGGGGGGUUGAAAAAUAAAUGAAUCUUUGUGGAGGAAAAACUUUUUUUCCCUGUUUUUUUACAUAUUGAAUUCUUUGAAUUUUGCAUGUUAGAUUCAAGUCAACCGACACCGGGCCCCAGAAAACAUGGCCUCUGCAAUGGAGCUUUGGUCUCACAAAAGUCUGAAGUACUUCUAAACAUCUAAAAGACAUGCAUUGCUGUGUAUGUGUAUGUGUGAUUGUUUGUUUGUGUGUGUGUGUAUUUCUGUCCGACAAUGGUUGGUGAGAAUUCUCUUUCAGUGGCAGAGGCCAACAUGAUGAUGUAUGUUUAUUGUUCUUCACAUGUGAUGAUGAUGAUGAGAAUACACUCCAUUCCAUAAGCGUUCACUCAAACAAAUUAAAGCACUUGUUCUGCUUAACUCUC